CAUUCUCAAGAAAGGCAAAGGGAAAGGAGAAGAGCCUGAGCAAGGUUGGGACUUAGCAGACGUAAUGAUGGGCGCCUACCUCCAGCUCCAAAUGAGCCCAUCUGUCCUUCUGGUGGCCCUGACGUUUUUCAUGAAAGGUGCCUUGGCUCUGGAAUGCCACAGCUGUGUGGACUUUGGUGACAGCGGUUGCAGUCAGCAGCGCAUGAAGAAGCUGACCUGCCCAACCAAUGCCCAUGUCUGUGUGGAAACGGUGGCUGCUGUGGAAUGGAGUCACGGGAAAUUCUCAGUUGGCGAGAAGGGCUGCGGACUGGGCAUGCCAGGCACCAAUGACAAAGCAGUGGAGGUGCAUGGCAUCCUGGCCUUCUCUCACUUGCACCAGUGCAACACAAGUCACUGCAAUGUUAAAUUGGACAUCAAAGCUCUACAGCUGCAACCCAUGGAUAAUGAGAGUGCACAGAUUCCCAAUGGAGUGGAAUGUUACAGCUGUGUUGGCGACAACUGCACGAUGGACAAUUCUACCAUUGUCAAGUGCUAUGACAAUUUCCGAGGUUGUUUCCAUGGCAAUGUCACUAUGAAAGCAGGCAAUUUUUCACUGACCAGGCCCAUCAAGGGGUGUGUUGAAGAUGAGGACUGCACCAAGGUCAGAAAAGGGAGUCCUGCCAUCACCGUGACAGGCUCCUGCUGUUCAGGGAGUCUUUGCAAUACUGAUCUCUCCAACAAAACUCACUUCUCCACCUCAAUUCCACGGCUUGCCUUCCUGCCUGGUCAAGAGACAAAUAACGCAACAGUCACUACCCCUUCGACAUACAUCCAGAUCAAAGCAGCAGCAGCUUCCACUUCCAGCAAGCUAACCCGUUCUAUUGCUGUGACCUCAUUAGUGUCCAGCCCUCAGAAGGACCAGGUCUAUGACCACGACCAUGACCACGACCAUGACCAUGACCAUGACCACAGUCAUGAACAUGAUAAAACCAAAAUCAUCUCCGUUCGAGGUGGGAAGGUGACCACUUCUGUGAAAGUUGAAGAAAGACAUAAGCAACCAGCUGAUGGGGCGAAGGGAGGUGUAGCAGGCUUGGGUGGGUCAGUUCUAAUGACUUUGUUGCUGCUCGGCUUGUGUCUGUGAAGGUUCAUCAAGGAGUGAGAUGACGUUCAGCUUCCUCCCCCUUUCCUCACUAGAUCAAUCCUAUCACGUACAGCUUUGCCAAUGUAGUUUGGUGUGGUCUUUCCCACUCAGAUUUGCCUACCUACAUUUGGCAUCCAAACCAGCAUUUGGGACCUUAUGUCCUAUUUAUGUCUUUUGAGUACUGGAAAUAGAUUUUCCUUUGGUGUGCUUCUCUAUACCUUAUUUUCAUGGUAGCCAUCUUGUACAUGACUAGAAGCUAAAGGUCACUGUUAUGCUGCAAGACAAAUCCCAUGUUUGUGUGCAGCAAAGCCUGGUUUUGCUCUUACAAAACAAAGUCAAAUUCCUUUUGGGCGUGGGUCUUUUCCUACACUCCUUUUCCAAUAUAAUUUUGCACCAAACUCACGGCAGCCCUUCUGUAUCCAUCCUUCUAAAGGGUAUUCUCCUUGGAUCAUCCUUGGUGUAGCCUAUUGAAUAAUUUUUCUUACAUUGCACUGAACACUCUUACAGGUAGUCCUCACUUAACGACCACAACUGAGACCAGAAUUUUGGUUGCUAAGCAAAAUGGU